AUGGCUCAAACAAUAUGCAAAGUCCACCUCGUCCGGCACGCCGAGGGCGUCCACACGCUCUUCCCCGACGGCCGCACCAUUCCUGACGCCCAGCUCUCCCAACGCGGCUACGACUCCGCCGAGGACCUGGGCAGACGUCUGAUCAGCGAGCACUCCAACACCAUCUGCACCAUCAUCUCCAGUCCUCUGCGCCGCACGAUCCAGACCUCCCUCGCGGCUUUCCAUCGCGCCUUACACACCAAGUACUACCCCACGAACUCAGGCCGUGGUGCCCAAGACGGGGUCCGUCUCGUGCUAGAUGCGAAUCUGCAGGAAAUUGACGACCUGCCUUGCAACACGGGCUCGCCGCGCGAAGAGCUCAUCGAUCAAUUCCCCGAACUUCACGACGAGAUCUCCCUGCUGCAUCCUCGGUGGUAUGUCAAGUCGGGCCCAGAGUCGCCUCUGCCGCCGCGCGCACGGAGAAAGGAGCAGAUCUUGAAGCGACUGGAGCAAGCCUUCCAGGAGUCGAGUGACUCCAAAAAGACCGAUGUCGUCGUCGUGGCCCAUGGAGGAGUCAUCGAGAUGCUUGUGCGCGGCGCUGAUAUUGACAUUGCGCAAUGGAAGACGUUCGAUCUGGUUAGGACCAGCAGUGGGCAACUCGAGCUGGAAUGA